UGGCGUGUUCAAAGAUAAAGAUUAACAAACCUACUUUCAGCGAGCUUCCAUGAUAUUAUGAACAAAGACAGACUGUAUUUAACAGGGCUUUGCAAGUAUUUGUUAUCAAAGGUAACCUUGAAAUUGUGGUCGUUUAACAAGCGGCUUGUAAACAAUUGGUAAAGUGUCAUACACAUUUUAUAUAUGAUAAGGAGUACAAGAGGAUGUAAUACCAUUUACGAACUUGAAGUAUAUGUACAGAAAUGUCUGGAAGUUUCAGAUAAAGUCACAACCUUUGGACAACACGUAACUUGAAGUUCAACUGACUAUUUGUCGUCGUUGAUUCUGCUGUGAUUAGACAACAAUUGGGGUAACUUACGUCAGUUUUGCGUAAUAAAUUGUAUUAAAAAGUGAUUUUUGUUUUGUUUAACGUUUAAUCAAACUUAAAAAAACCUUCCUGGUUGGAUUCCUAAUCUCCGUCAGAAUUAGAAGACUUGCGUCUAAUCCCAUUGGGAUUUUUAAACUAUGGGACUGUAGCAGGCGUUUACUUUGCAUUUUGGUUUAGUGAAGAGAAAAUCACCAUAGUUACUGAUCAUUUCGUCAUGAUAAUCACAGAGAAAGAUCUUCAGAUGCUCAACUCUCUUCCAGCGCUAGAGCCGGAUUCAGGAAAGAAGGGAGGAAACGAACUGAAAAUAGAUUUUGAUGGCACUACUGUACUAUGUCGUGUAUGUGGAGAUAAAGCAAGCGGUUUCCAUUAUGGCGUUCACUCCUGUGAAGGGUGUAAGGGUUUUUUUCGGAGAAGCAUACAACAGAAGAUCCAGUACAGACCCUGCAGCAAAAACCAACAGUGCUCUAUCCUUCGGAUCAACCGGAAUCGGUGCCAGUACUGUCGGCUAAAGAAGUGCAUCGCUGUCGGCAUGUCCCGUGAUGCCGUUCGUUUCGGUCGUGUUCCUAAACGAGAGAAAGCCAAGAUUCUUGCUGCCAUGCAGAAAGUGAAUGCCAAUUCCCAGGAUAAGGCCUUGACUCGUUUGAGCUUGGAACUUGAGGACGAAAUUUGGUUGCUGAACACCAUCGUGUCGGCCCAUGAGGAUACAUGCGAGUUUACUCGAGAGAAAGUAGGUGUACUUGCAGAGCGGGCUAACCAGCAACCAGCCUUCGGCCAAUGUCCUCCACAGCUGGCUUGUCCACUUAAUCCUGGGCCAAACCCUCUGGACAGUGGUGGUAAUUCCCGUAUUAUGGAAGAUUUUUCUGAACGGUUUUCCCCAGCAAUCAGGGGUGUUGUGGAGUUUGCCAAGAGAAUUCCAGGAUUUAAUCUUCUAGCUCAAGAUGAUCAAGUAACCUUACUCAAGGCUGGUGUAUUUGAAGUUUUGCUUGUUCGUUUGGCUUGCAUGUUCGACGCCCAAAACAACUCUAUGAUUUGUCUUAAUGGUCAGUGUCUUCAGAGAGAUGCAAUUCAUUCCGCUAGCAACGCCCUCUUUUUGCUAGACUCCAUGUUUGACUUCGCUGAAAGACUAAACUCGCUUCAGCUGGCCGAUAGCGAAUUGGGAGUUUUCAGUGCUGUCGUGCUUAUUGCAGCGGAUAGACCAGGUCUUCGAAAUACUGAAUUGGUGCAGAAGGUACAUAAGAAGUUGACGGACGUUCUUCAAAAAGCAUUAGCUGCUCGACACCCAGAAAAUCCAUCUAUAUUUAAUGAAGUGAUGAAAAAAAUUCCUGAUUUACGUACCCUGAACACUCUUCAUUCAGAGAAGCUUCUGGCGUAUAAAAUGGAACCUAACAAUCAGACGUGCUCGGGAGCUUCACAGCCUACAAUAAGUGAGUCUUCAGUGUCUAACCACUGGCCUCAGUAUGCUGCCCUUUUAACACCGGGCAACCAGUUACUUGGAGAAACUGAACACGGAAACAUUUCACCAUCUCAAAACAUUGGAGGCAAUCCCGGAAGUGAAUGGGGAAAUUCUGACUACAAUAAGGAUCCUUUUGGAAGCCCUUGCUCAGAUGGUAGUGGUGCGAUGUUCCUUGAUGAUGGUAAGAGCCCUGUGAGGUCUUCAUCAUUUUCUAGCACUCGUAGUUAUGAUUUGGAAAGUAUUGGAUCAGUUGAACAUGGACAUAUUGCAGAAUUUCCACCAUUAAAGAAGCCGAGAGACCAUACUUUUGAUCAUGGUGCAAGUUCUGGAGAUGAAAGUUAUGUUCCCGACAGUCCAGUCAAAAUACCCUAUCCACAAGUUAGAAGAGCAGACUCUCCCAUAGAUUCUGGGAUAGAAAGUGGCAAGGAACAUGGCCAUGUGGCCACUCCAAACACUUCUGUUUGCUCUAGUCCACGAUCUCUCGAGGAGAAGGUGAAGGAAGUAUCGGAAUGUGAGGAAAAGCACGAUUCACGACAGGAUAUGCCUGUUUUAAAAAGAGCUCUGCAGGCUCCACCUUUGGUGAACACGAACCUGAUGAUGGAAGAUGUAUAUAAACACCAUAAAAAGUUCCGUGCUGCGCGUCGAGAAUCUGAAAGUCCCACCACCAGUCAAGUAUCUUCAGUUGGAGGAUGUACCCAGACUAACGUCUCACAUGCAAAUGCUCACAGUACACUUAUCAAAACAUUAGAGAGGCCACCCCGCUUUCUGAAUGAGCAACAGAUCAAGAGAACGGACUUGAUCCACAACAUCAUUAUGAGAACUGAGAGCAUUCCACCGACUUUGGCAGCUAUGGCUCCAGCUUCUGCUACCAGUUCCAUGCCUGUAAGUGCAACUCCCAGUGCAGCCAUGAGCACGACGGCUCACUCAAAUAUAAAAACAGCCAAUGGAAAGUUUUUCUACAAUGCUGAUGAUAUUGAAUCAACUGGUAUCUCCCAAACUUAUAUAUCUGGUGGUCCUGGUCAGCCGCCCCAUAAAAUCAUGGUCUAUCCAUCUAGUUAUUACAUUCCACCAAACACCAUGACAGUUGCAGGCUAUACAUCAGGCACUCCAGUCUCUUGGCCCUUCCUGGUUCCACAAAGUAGCGCUGCAACGGGCACGGUAGCUAGUGCUUCUUGCCAGAUGAGGGCUCCUUUUGUCUCCAACAGUUUUUCACAAGCGAUUGGUUCAGCUGCUUCAAGCCCUGGCUCUGCAAAAUUCCACUCUACUACAAGAGUGCUCUAUGAUACUUAUAAUCCUUUGACCAGCGUGUCUGCACCCCUAGUCAACUCCAGGUCUUCUCCUCUUGGUUUCUCCACAGCUGUGAUGACCCCAGCGCCCAGUCAGAAGCUAGACAUCCAGGCUGAUGUGUCAGAUGCUCCUUUGAAUUUGUCCAAAAAAUCUUCAACCGCCUUUCAGCUUGAAUCGUGAUGGCCAGUGUGUAAGUGAUAAGGCUGUGUUCAGACCAAAAGACUGUUACGUAGCCCCAGAGGUUGCAUAGUAUCUCAAUGGAAACUAUCCACGUGGUUGGUUUUGCAGCGCUUUUAAGCACCGUGUUAUGUGUGCAAAUGUUGUAUAGAGUAAAGUGUAAAUAAAUGAUGAUUUUGGUUGUACAUAAAUAUUAUAUAAAUUAUUUAAAGAAACGAAGCUAGACAAGUGACUUGAGAUGGGAACAAUUAACGGAUUGAACGGACAAGUUUUAUGUAUUAGUUAAUUCCAAAGCCCUUAUAAGAUAUAUAUAUUUAUGUGCUUCUCAAACCACGUAACGUGCCGUUCAUGCCAUCAAAGUUAAGGUAAAGGGAUCGCGCGAGUUAUAAUCAUAUGUUCUCAAUAUUGAAAUGUGUGUAAAUAUAGCGGAGUUAUUGUCUGGCUUCGUAAGCUUUAUUAACUUAAGGAUUGUAAAUUGAUUGAGUAUAAGCUUAUAUGUUUGUGCAAAGAGGAGGACUCCACAAGUAUGUCAGUAUUAUUGCUGUGUCCCAGUUUAAAAUUCCGCAUUCUCUUGUCUUUAAACAAGUUAGUUUAGAAUUUUGUCUUUCGUGUCAUCUCCGAUGUCAUAUACCCUUGUAAGUCACUUCACUUGUCAUUGAAAUAAAGUUUGUUUUUCUGAGGAA